AUGACAUACACCCAUGCAGAAACCCAGACCGUAUGGGCGGGCCUCACCAAGAUGGACAUUCCUCGUCCUGACCUUCUCUUCACUGCCCCAGACACCACCACUCCUCCCGCCGAGCUUAUUCCAGACAAGCAACACGACAUGGUCGCCAUUACAGCCCCUAACCCACUGGGCUCCCUCGAUGCCCACGCUACAUCCUUCGGAGGAUUGCUCCAAAAGCGGCAGAAACGCCCAGAACUCCCAACACGCAUUUCUCUGCCCAACUCGGAGCUAGACGACGAGGUCCUGCCCUCCCCGCCGCCCACACACGCUAUCCUCUCCCCGCUACCCGAGGCAAACAAGCUGCAUGCCGGCCACACUCCACUGAUCCCCCGCGCUCUCUCCCCAGUCCACUCCGACAAAGAGCCCGCCGCCCCUGAAGAAGCGCCUGCUACAGAGUACUACGAGCCGGAGCCAAGCAUGCAAGCAGACGACCAGCCCCUCAUCGGGCCCCUCAUGCUGCCCACGAACCCUGUGGAAGGUGCAAGUGACCACAUUGCCCUCGACGUACUCGACGACGUACUCGAAAAGGUGGCAAAGGACCAAGACAGAUUCAGCAGGCUCAAGGAUGCACCCGAGCCCGAGGUCGUACCAGAUCCCCCCACUGCACCACCUGCAGCAGAUGCAGACCCAGGUCUACCGCUAAGCCGAAACACAUCAUCCGACUCGCGCAAGCCGAGUAAUAACAAUACAGAAGUCGUCGACGGCGUCAGACUGAAGACUCCUCCUUUGAAUUUUGGAGUCCCUAUAGGACAAGUAUAA